AGCGCGCGCCCCUGACGGCUUCCCUAGGCGGUGGGCGGAGCCAUGCCGGUUUCGGGCCCUGCCUAGGGGCACAGUGACCCGGUCGGACAUGAGCGGCCUCAGCCUUCUACUGCGGGUGGCGCGCGCCGCGUUCCCCCCCGGGGCCAGGCAGCUACGCACUGGCGGCCUCCGCAGUGCCUACGCCAAGGAGCUUUUCCUGGGGAAGCUGCAGAAGGAGGAAGUUUUCCCUUAUCCAGAGAUUUCUAAUGAAGAAUUAGAAGAAAUCAACCAGUUUGUAGGACCAGUAGAAAAAUUCUUCAGUGAGGAAGUGGACUCUACGAAGAUUGACCAAGAUGCUAAAAUCCCACCAGAAACUCUAAAAGGAUUGAAGAGCCUUGGACUCUUUGGCAUGCAGGUUCCAGAGGAAUAUGGUGGACUUGGUCUUUCAAAUACAAUGUAUGCUCGUUUAGGAGAAAUCAUUUCUCUAGAUGGAUCUAUUGCGGUUACUUUGGCAGCUCAUCAAGCAAUAGGGCUUAAGGGAAUCCUGAUGGCUGGCACUGAUGAGCAGAAAGCAAAGUAUCUACCUAAAUUGGCAUCUGGGGAGCAUAUUGCAGCUUUUUGCCUUACAGAACCGGGAAGUGGAAGUGAUGCAGCAUCCAUCCAGUCCAGAGCUACCAUGAAUGAAGAUGGGAAAAGCUUUUUACUAAAUGGCUCAAAGAUCUGGAUAUCCAAUGGUGGACUGGCAGACAUUUUCACUGUGUUUGCAAGGACUGAGGUUGUUGAUAAAGAUGGUGCAAAAAAAGACAAAAUUAGUGCCUUCAUUGUAGAAAGAGCCUUUGGUGGAGUCACUAAUGGGAAGCCAGAAGAUAAACUGGGUAUUCGAGGAUCUAAUACCUGUGAAGUACAUUUUGAAAACACAAAAGUGCCUGUAGAGAAUGUUAUUGGAGAAGUAGGAGGGGGGUUUAAGGUAGCUAUGAAUAUCCUAAACAGUGGAAGAUUUAGCAUGGGUAGUGCAUCUGCAGGAAUGAUUAAGAAACUGAUCGAAAUGACAGCAGAGUAUGCUUGUACAAGAAAACAGUUCAAUAAGAAACUGAGUGAUUUUGGAUUAAUACAGGAGAAGUUUACCCUUAUGGCUGUGAAAGCAUAUGUAAUGGAGAGCAUGGCUUACCUCACUGCAGGAAUGAUGGACAGGCCAGGAGUGCCCGAUUGUUCAGUUGAGGCAGCUAUGGUUAAGGUAUUUAGUUCUGAAGGUGCUUGGAUUUGUGUAAGUGAAGCUUUACAAGUUCUUGGAGGCCUUGGCUAUAUGAAAGAUUACCCCUAUGAACGUUAUCUUCGGGACAGCAGGAUCCUUUUGAUUUUUGAGGGAACAAACGAAAUUCUGCGAAUGUAUAUUGCUUUGACGGGUAUGCAGUAUGCAGGAAAAAUCUUAACUGGAAAAAUUAAGGAAAUGAAGAAAGGAAAUGUCAGCGUGGCAUUGGAGAUAUUUGUGAACAAAUUCCGUGACAGCAUGGGCAGAAAAGUGGAUUUAGGCCUAGUUGGCAAAGAUGGAGUAGUACAUCCCAGCCUUGAGGAAAGUAGCAAGAAACUUGAAGAAAACAUCUAUUAUUUUGGAACUACAGUGGAAGGCUUGCUAAGGAGGUUUGGCAAAACUAUAGUUGAUGAGCAGUUGGUUCUGAAGAGAGUGGCAGAUGUCUCCAUUAAUUUGUAUGCAAUGACAGCAGCUAUAUCCAGGGCUAGUCGAUCCAUCUGUAUUGGUCUACGCAAUCAUGAUCAUGAAGUGCUGCUUACAAAUAUUUUCUGCACAGAGGCAUAUUUUAAGAAUAAUUAUGCCAUGGCGGAGUUAGAAAAAUAUGCUGCUGAAAACCUGGAUGACAGUAUUAAAAAAGCUGCACAGCAGGUGCUGGAAAAGAGAGCCUAUAUCUGUCCUCAUCCACUAGAGAGGACAUUCUGAUCAUACUGAACAGGGAGCCGAUUAACCUAUCGGAAACUUUAGUUUUUGUACAAAUAUUUUUCACCAGCUGCUGAAUGUAAUUGUAAUCUUGUAAAAUAAAACAUCUUCUCACACCACGGUGGGGGAGAGACUAAAAAGAAACCACUAGUCAGAACCUUUUUAAGAGUAGGCUAAAGUGAUGCUCGUUCAGCUAUGGGUAUUUACAUGAGAUGGCCAAUGAAGAAAACUUUUUACAACCUGAACAGUUAUUGGGAAGAAGAAUACAGCCAAGCCUUUCAUCACUGGCCCAAUACUUUUGACUGCCACCUGUUUUCUCAUCCUUGGCUUCAGAAAGUAUUACAGGAAUGAAAAUGUCACUUUCCAGCCACUGUCAUACAAAUUAGAGUUGACAAAUUUAAGAAUGAACUUUUUUUUUUUGCCAGCUACAAGUUUGAAAAGCUUGUGUGUGGUACUGAUAUCUGUAAGUGGAUGAACAAACUUUUUGCUAAUGGUGAAAUGUUCAAAUGAUGGUGUAUAAAAAUUAACUCUCACAGUGAGAACUAUGGGCUUGUCUGUCUGCUCCUGCUGGGAACAUAAGGAUGCCCAUCAGUCAAGUGAGCAUUCUCCUGAACCUACAUUGGUGCUUUAAUGGUGUCUUUUGUAAAAACAAAUGGUAAGUGACUUGUACUCAAAACUUAGAGAAACAGGCAACCCUUGCUGUAUGGGGUUCAGACACUUCUAAUUUAGCUUCCUCUCUGCCUAUGAUCAUUCUAGCUGUGGAUAAAGGGAAAUUGCUUGGGAAUCUAGGGAGAGGUAACUUUCUGCAGCAUUGGGGGGAGGGGGGGGAGGAAAAGUUCUACAACGGUCAGCACCUCCUUGCCCUCCUGGAGUUUUAGUAAAUCAAUCCUCCCUAGGGGGUCAUUAAUAUCUGAAAGGCUGAUAUGCACUGAAACCAUUACACAGGCUGUCUAUACUUGGAGUUGGAGAUAUAAAUUCUGGCUACAUACACAGGCCAGCUAGCCCCUCAUGCGGUACUAUAUUUGUAGCAGAUUAGCGCAAUCACAGCUAAGGCUUGUAUGUCUCCUGAAGCUAGAAUUUACAGCUCUACUUUCGGCAUGCCUCCAAUCCAUCCCCUCUAGCACUUUGUAUUUUAGUUGCUAUCAAAUUACCUGACUCUUGAGUGGAGUCUUGCUGUAGCAGAAGGGUUGUAUCCUCCCCUUUCUUCACUGGUCUCUUUCUCUUGUAAAGAAAGGAAUGUUCAUAACAAAGUAACCUGGAAUGAAAAAUCAACAUGCUAAUUACAUAUCUGUCUUUACAAACACUGGACUAUCUGUGACAAAGGAUUUAAUUUUCUGUAAAUGUGCAUAUUUCUAUGCUAUUAUAUGCCAUAGGGACUUGUACAAUACAGUAAAUCAGUUGUUAAAACCA